AUGGCCAAACCAAUUCCUGAAAGCACUCUGGAAGACCUCGGGUAUUUUCCCAAGGGAACUCCCGUUACCUCAGAUCCAAUCAUAAACGGCAUACCUUUCCGAACCACCUUUUGGCCCGUUCCAGAAGGUGUUACUGUGAAAGGGAGAAUACUGUUUGUACACGGAUUGGCAGAACAUGCCCUGGUUUACACAGAACCGAUGGAUUUCUUCAGCCAAUCUGGAUAUGAAUGUUUCUUCUACGACCAGAGAGGUGCAGGUUUGACGGCUAAAUACUAUAAAAAUAUAGGUGUCACGAACAGCACGUAUGUGUUUGAUGAUUUGGAGGCUAUCAUUGAAUUGAACUUGAAAGAGGCCGAACAAUACCACCAUAAGCUUUUUCUUAUUGGCCAUUCAAUGGGCGGAGCAAUUGUCAGUAACUAUGCUAUAAUUGGCAAACAUAGGGACGAGAUUAGUGGAAUUGUGGCAUGUGCCCCUCUCAUCGAGACUCACCCUAAGACAUCUCCAAACAUCAUCUUAGAAUACCUGGUGCGAGGACUCGUUUAUGUGAUACCCAACCACAAGUUCAACAGUAAGUUAAAUAUUGAUUUUAUUACCUCCGAUAAAGGUUACACUGAGUUUCUGUUGCAAGACAGGCUUUCAGACCCCAUUGGAUCUCUAAUUCUGUUCCGUGAUGCGUUUUACCGUGGACGACGACUAUUGACUCCCGAGUUCUACACCAAAUUCAAGAAGGAUUUACCAUAUCUGGUCAUUCACGGGGCCAAAGAUUACUGUUGCAGUGGAGACUCUGCUAAGAAGUUUGUAGAUCUUAUCAACAAAAACGAGCCAACUGCCCAGCAAACCAUAACGUUGUAUGAAGAGGGUAAGCAUAGUCUUCUCUUAGAAAAAGAAGAACUUAGGUACAAAGUGUACAAUGAUCUUCUAAAGUUUCUGGACGACCAGGCAUAG